AUGUCGGACUGCUCGGCCUCCUCCCCCGAUCCAGCGGAACGACCACAACAACAACAGCAACAACAACAGAACCAGCAGAAGCGCAAGGCUUCUGCUGCCGGCGUCGAUGGACACGCGACUGGCAGACCCGUCAAGCGGAGAGCUUCGAAAGCAUGCCAAUGCUGCAGAUCACGCAAAGUCCGUUGCAAUGUGACAGAGCAUGGCGCGCCGUGUACGAAUUGCAGACUGGACGAGGUGGAUUGCAUCGUCUCUGAAAGCCGGCGCAAAAAGAAGUGGACGAAGGACGACGAAAACCAGACGGUCCCAAACGCCUCGACAGCGAGUGCUGGCGUUAACACCGGCAGCAAUAGCAGCAGCCGCAAGCUAGUCUCGAGGGCUGCUCUUGACGGGAUUCCCUCCUUGGCAACAGCCCGAUUAUCACGUGACGUUGAUUCCUGGCAUGAAGAGCAUGUUCCGCAUUCCAUCUACCAAACGCACAAUCGCCAUCUUAGCCACAAUCUGCAGGACCCUCAGCGGAAGUGGUCCACAAGCACGCACGAAUCUGGGUCGGUGUCCGUUCUGGGAUACAGUCCGAUCUCCGCCGCAACCCGGCGAACUUACCUUCCGUCUAUUGUGCCGAAGCAGACGCCGGCUGCCUCUCUGCCGCUCUACAUCAAACCCCUACCAGCCCGCAUCGGAUCUGAUGAGAUCACCUAUCUGGAGAAGAAAGGCGCCUUGACGAUUCCGAACAAUGCCCUCCGCAACGAGCUCCUCCGGGCUUAUAUCGAGUUUGUGCAUCCGUACAUGCCGUUGCUGGAUUUGCAUGAAUUUAUCGAGAUUGUAGAUAAGGGGGAUGGCAGUGACGGGAAGCUGAGCUUGAUCCUUUUCCAGUCGGUCAUGUUCGCUGGAUCUGCUUUCAUCGACAUGCGCCAUCUGCGAAAGGCCGGAUAUCUUACUCGGAAAGAAGCUCGAAAGGACUUUUUCUUGAAGACAAGGCUGUUGUACGAUUUUGAUUAUGAAUCCGACCGGAUAUCACUUGUUCAGGCCUUGCUACUUUUAACAUAUUACUACGAGACGCCAGAUGACCAGAAAGACACAUGGCAUUGGAUGGGCGUUGCCACGUCUGUAGCACAUACUAUUGGUCUCCACCGUAACCCGGAGAAUUCCAAUAUGGACGGCAAGCGCACCAGGCUGUGGAAGAGAAUCUGGUGGUCCACAUAUAUGCGAGAUCGACUGAUUGCCCUAGGCAUGCGGAGGCCUACACGGAUAAAACCGGAAGAUUUCGACGUGCCCAUGCUUACUCUCGAUGACUUUUCGUUUGGACCUGUUUCCGAGUCAAGUUCGUGUGUUCCCGCCAGCUGUACGAUUGCGAGGGACGUCAAUAUGCAGCGAGAACUGGCCGUCAUGUGCAUCGAAAAGGCCAAGCUAUGUUUAUGCAUCAGCCAGAUCCUGUCAAAGCAAUACUGCGUACUGAACAACAACCAAGGACUACUAAAUGACAGGACGACUAUGAUGUUGUUGCCGAAGAAACUAGAUGCCGAGACGUGCGACGUCCAGGCCUGCGACGAUGAGCUGCAGAAGUGGUUAGACAAGCUACCGAAGGAGGUUAGGUAUAGAGACGAGCCCAGCGGCAACGACCCCAUAGAUCUGCAUCGGUCCCUCCUACAUAUGGUGUUCUAUACCACCCUCUCCGCGCUGCACCGUCCACAGGUCCUUCCCUCUACACCCUCACACUCGCCUGGAAGCAGCGAUGACAACGUCGAUCUGCUCGAUGUGUCCCGUCGAAAAGUCCGACGAGCAGCCGCCGCAAUCACCAGCAUCGCGCAGUCCCUUGACUCCCGCAACCUCGUCCGCUACCUCCCCACGACCGGCGUAACAGUGCUACUUCCCGCCAUCAUUAUCCACCUCCUAGACAUCAAGGCGCCAGACGAAGAGACGCGCCGCUCCAGUCUCCGAGGAUUCUGCCAAUGCAUGCAGGUGAUGGGAAAGUUACGCGACUUGUACGCCGCAGCCGACUACUCGACCGCCUUCCUCGAGGCCGCGAUCCGUAAGGCUGGGAUCCACAUCUCGCCGUUCCCGAACCCGAUCGGUGGCACCAACCUGAACGCCCUGAGCAAGCCGGAGCACGUGACCACUGUCGAGGACCUCGUGGAUGCGGGCCGCAGACUCGAUCUCGCGCAGCUGGGCAACAACAUCUCGCGCACGCUUACGCCGCCGCCCGAGGAAGCUGCGGCUCUAGAUGGCGCGAUUCUGGUCACGGACGAGGAGGUCGCGCGGAGGCUGGAGACGUUUCUGGCGAGCACACCGCCGGAGAGCGACCACCACGAUGGGAGCGAGCAGGAGCACGUGGAGUCGCAACAGCAGCUGCAUGACGACGCGCUUCUCCCAGGACUUGAGCUCAUGGCGACGGAUAACUUCGACGAGAGGGAUUUUGACACCCUCUUGAAUUUGGAUGCGACGAUGGAUGCGUUUUCUUUCAGUGAGAGCGCAAGUUUGGGGUUUGCGGGCGAAAGCUGGGCUUCUUUGAGUAUGGCGUAA